AUGUCUUCGCAACCGCUACUCCAGACGGCACCUGGCAAGCGCAUCGCCCUUCCCACCCGCGUCGAGCCCAAGGUUUUCUUCGCCAACGAGCGUACCUUUCUCAGUUGGCUGAACUUCACCGUCAUCCUCGGCGGUCUUGCCGUCGGUCUCCUCAACUUCGGCGACAAAGUCGGCCAGAUCUCUGCUGGUCUCUUCACAUUGGUCGCCAUGGCCGCUAUGAUCUAUGCCCUGGUCACCUUCCACUGGAGAGCAAAGAGUAUCCGUAUGAGAGGACAGAGCGGUUUCGAUGAUCGCUUUGGUCCCACAGUCCUAGCGAUUGCCCUGCUCGCUGCUGUCAUUGUCAACUUCGUGCUCCGUGUGACUGGAGCUGGCGGCAGUCACAAAUGA